GUCAGGCGGCCGCGCCUCCGCGCUGCACACGUGCGGCCUGACCUAAGAUGGCGUCUCCCAUGGCAAGUCAGGCUGGAACAGCGGUGCGGGAUUUGGCUUUGCUCAGAGCUUCCCUGCUUAGGAGGCGCAGCCCGGCUAUUCAGUUAGCCCCUAGACGAUGGCUGAACCUUCAAGAAUACCAGAGUAAGAAACUGAUGGCUGAUCAUGGGGUCACAGUUCAGAGAUUCUUUGUGGCUGACACUGCAAAUGAUGCUCUUGAGGCUGCCAAGAGACUAAAGGCUACAGAAAUUGUGUUGAAGGCUCAAAUCUUGGCUGGAGGAAGAGGAAAGGGUAUUUUCAGCAGUGGACUGAAAGGAGGUGUGCAUCUAACCAAGGACCCUAAAGUGGUAGAGCAGCUUGCUGAACAGAUGAUUGGAUACAAUCUCACCACUAAGCAAACACCGAAGGGUGGUGUUAAAGUUAAGAAGGUUAUGGUGGCAGAAGCACUAAACAUUUCAAGAGAAACUUAUUUUGCAAUAUUAAUGGAUCGAGCUUGCAAUGGGCCUGUUCUGGUUGGCAGCCCACAAGGUGGAGUUGAUAUAGAAGAAGUGGCAGCUAAAAGCCCAGAGCUCAUCUUUAAGGAGGAAAUCGAUAUUUUUGAAGGUGUAAAGGAUACUCAAGCACUACGGCUGGCAGAAAAUUUAGGAUUCAAGGGGCCUCUGCAACAGCAGGCUGCAGAUCAAAUUAAGAAGCUGUACAAUCUUUUCUUGAAAAUUGACGCCACUCAAGUUGAAGUGAAUCCUUUUGGCGAAACUCCAGAUGGACAAGUUGUGUGCUUUGAUGCCAAGAUAAACUUUGAUGACAAUGCUGAGUUCAGGCAAAAAGAUAUAUUUGCCAUGGAUGACAAAUCUGAGAAUGAGCCUAUAGAAAACGAAGCUGCUAGCUAUGACUUAAAGUACAUAGGCCUGGAUGGAAACAUUGCCUGUUUUGUCAAUGGUGCUGGGCUUGCUAUGGCAACCUGUGAUAUAAUUUCCCUUAAUGGUGGAAAGCCUGCCAAUUUUCUGGAUCUUGGUGGAGGCGUGAAAGAAGCACAAGUGUAUCAAGCAUUCAGAUUGCUCACUGCUGAUCCUAAGGUUGAAGUAAUUCUGGUCAAUAUUUUUGGUGGGAUUGUCAACUGUGCCAUUAUAGCCAACGGCAUCACCAAAGCCUGCCGAGAGCUUGAACUAAAAGUGCCUCUAGUGGUCAGACUUGAAGGUACAAAUGUUCAUGAAGCGAAGCGGAUUCUGAAUGAAAGUGGACUCCCAAUCACCUCUGCAAGUGACCUUGAAGAUGCUGCCAAGAAGGCAGUAGCCAGUGUGACAAAGAAAUAGAAGCACUGCAAAGAAAGGACUUUAUACAAUAGAUGACAUUCCCCAAAUUGCCUCAAAUACUUAUUUAGGAUUCUUUUAACCAGUCAUAAGUAAGGCUAGACUUGAGUAGCCUGACCUUAUCAAUAGCAAAUUAUAAAAUUUACAGUGUGUAAAAAUACUUUGGCACUGCAUUGAAUUCACAGAGCUUCUACUUUUCAGUAAUAGUUCACGAUGCCCUGCGAGCACAUAUGAUGAGUAACCACUGUCUAUUGCCAUUUAGGUUUCUUUCUCAUGUAAUAUGUCUUUAUUAGUGAUUCCUAAUUUUUGUAAGACAUUUUGUACAUCUUUAAUAUCCUAAAGGGAUAAUAGAUAAUGGAUUGUAUUCAACUAAGUACUACUCAGAGUAGACCCAUUGACAUUAAUGAACCUAUUAGUCAUGUAUGUUAACUUUAAUGGGUCUACUCUUGAGUAGGACUAACAUGAAUAUCACCCAGUGGUUUGGCCUUUAUUGGUCAUCAUGGUCAGAAUCUGAGGAAGCACACAAUUGAUUAUAUGCAUCAACUGGCAGUUUUGUUUCUCAAAAAAAAGCAGCCUUCCCAUAUCACAUGGCAAGCCACUUUUGAAACUGAUGGAAGUUCCAAAUGCCAUUUGUAACAAGGGAUACAGGCUUGCUAACUGAGUAUGAAAAAAACAAAAUAAAAAAUCCAAUUUGGGUUUUCCCAAAAACUUUCAGUGUGCCAGAUAGCUCUCUCAAUCUUGGCCAUUUAUUAAUGAGCUUUUCUAAUUAGGACCAGAGAAAUAAAUACGUUGCUAUUAUGUCAUUUCCCCUUAGAAGAUGUGUAGUUGUUUCACACAUGCCUUAAAAUUAAAUGUUUGUGCUUUCAUACCUAGUGUAUACCUCUCAUCAGAAGAACAUUCAAAAGUGUAGCUGUGUGAAACUACACUGUAUAUCGUACCAUGUAUGGAUGAGUUUCUCCUUUGAAUGUUUUUAAGCAGUGAAGAAGGUAUGAAACACAUCCUAAUGUCAUAGUGCCAUGUUGAAUCUAUGACCAUGUGUGCCCAUUUAAGACUGAUGGUAACCUUCCAGAAUCGAUGUGCAUUGUACCUGAAGAACUGCCAUUCAUAUCUUGCUGAUGUUUGGGGAGGUUAUGUUUCCCCAAGCAUUUGGACUGUUACUCCACUGUGAUUAUUCAUACCUUAAUAGUUUUUAGUCAAUAGUUAAUAGUGAUUAGUCAGACCUUGGUAUGAACUGUUAGAGAACCUUCCAUCAUUAAAAAGAAUGUGAGAAAUAAAUAAAUAAUAAAAGCUGCAAUGAGAAUUAUUAGAGCAUGAUCCAGCUAGAGAUAAGCACUUUUCAGUUCUGUUGAUUGUGAUGGAAGUGUUGAUUGUGUGCUUCAUUCUUAUUUUGAAAUAAAUUGGACUUUUAAGUACUUUAUACUGGCUUGAUCAUGCCUUUGAUUUGUGGGAAAUAGGCACGCAAAAAGGUGCCUCACCACCUCAUUAUGUUCAUUUCACAACUGAAAUAUUUUUUAAAAAAAUCAAAAUGUUCACGGUAGAAAUCCACUUUGUAUUAGAUGUUGUUUAUUUACAUGAGCUAUACAAUCAGGAAACAGAGGUAUAAACCAUAUCAUCCAACUGAGUGAAACCAUAAUGUUCUGUACAUUUUACUAUAAUAUCCAGGAAAGAAUGAUGAAACUAAUUUAAGUGAAAUUUAUCUAAUAAAUUUUUCAUUGUUACUGUC